AUCAUCCGUUUUUUCAACAGUUCAACGUUGUCCGUCGUUGAAGUUGUUUUGUGCGUUUAUGUUGCAGAAUUCGAAACGGUUACGGAUCUGCGAUCGUGUUCUACUACCGUGAGACUGGUGGUGUUGGAAAAUAAGGUGCCUGUGGCUGUAUCGUAGUGAAAUUUGUAUAGUUCAUAAGCAGAAUAGUCAUAAUUCUUGCGUACGUGAAGAACAGUUCAACGAUAGUGGUUCCUGAAGCAGAAAAAAAUAUUCAAUUGAGCUAAGCUUGGACUUGGGCAGUCUCGACGCGGCAUCAACAUUCCAUUUUCGCUUAUGACUGGCAAUCGUCAUCUGCAGCUAUGCGAUUGGCGUAUAUCACAAUGAACUGCAGAGGAUGACGUCACGACGUUCAGACGAAAGCCGGUUGUAGCAGAGUUACUACGGGGAAAACAUACGCCACAAGAAACGUAAAAAUAACAACAACAACAACAACCACAAUAGCAACGAAGUUUGUAGAGAUUGACAUAAUUUAUGGGACGGACGGGUGGACCGGACGGUGAUUGUGUCCUGUAGUAUAUUGGUGUGUUCAUGAAAAGCCCAUAGAAGUGCUGUUAGAGAUAAGCGAUAUAAUCAUAGUCAAGUGUUCAUGGCAGAAUUGUACGAUCGGGUUGCUUAGAAAACAGUGCAUCAUUGUAAUCAGUACGCUCUCAGUUGAAAGGGCAUAAGAAGAAGAUAUUACCUCACUCAUCCUCACACUCUUCGAUUCUUUUCACGCACACAUCUCCGAAAGCAACGUCCAAAUAAUAGAGAGAGUUAAAUCUGUUAGCAAAGUGAAACCAAAUACAAACCAGUGAUUAAUUGGUCUACUUCCGGUUCGGAAGUAGUGUCUAAUAGUGACUGAUAACGAAUACAAUACUCAACAGUACGAUGUCCAAAAAACCAACCGUCGGACCGGCGUUGCACAAAGUCAUCAUGGUUGGCAGUGGUGGCGUUGGAAAGUCGGCACUCACACUGCAAUUCAUGUAUGAUGAAUUUGUGGAAGAUUAUGAACCAACCAAGGCGGACAGCUACAGGAAAAAGGUGGUCCUAGACGGUGAAGAAGUACAGAUCGAUAUUCUGGACACGGCGGGCCAGGAGGACUACGCUGCUAUUCGUGACAACUACUUCCGUAGCGGUGAAGGGUUCCUGUGCGUUUUUUCAAUCACCGAAGACGAUAGUUUUCAGGCAACGCAGGAGUUUCGAGAGCAAAUAUUGCGCGUGAAGAACGAUGAGAAUAUUCCGUUUCUACUGGUCGGCAAUAAGUGUGACCUGAACGACAAACGAAAAGUGCCACUAGCCGAAUGUCAGGCUCGUGCACAGCAGUGGGGUGUGCCAUACGUCGAAACGUCGGCGAAGACACGGGAAAAUGUCGAUAAGGUGUUCUUUGAUUUAAUGCGCGAGAUACGCUCACGAAAAACGGAAGAUUCCAAGACGACCAACGGACGCGCCAAAGACAAAUCGAAACGGAGGAAAAUUAAGUGCACGUUGAUUUAGAAAUUUCGCGAUAAGGGAGCACAGAAACGAGAACAAACACAAACCUUACUACACAUACACGGACACAAAGCAUUCAUUCGAAAUAAUUCUCGAUUUUAAUAUCUCUUUUUAUUACGUUAAAACUGCAUCAUGGAAUACUAAUAAACAAGUGACUCAAGAGUCAUUACGAAUGGAUGAUGAUAUCAGUAAAAUAAGUCGGUUAUAAAAAAAACAGAAUAAUACUAAUUAUAUGUUAGAGAUGAUGCUACCCGAGUAUUGAUCAAAUCCUGAGAUCAAAUUCAACACGUGCGAAAUGAUAAAAAUAAAAUCAUGUAAAUUAAGCUAAACAUUUAAAUGUACAAUAUUUGCUUCCGCUAAAUGCAUUAUUACAUUUUUCGUUUCAUUCAUUUUCAACGUUGUAAAUUGUGUUCUGUUGCAUCUUUCUUCACGUAACCUCGCCAUGAAUAUUGUUGGAAAUUGAAUCAGUUGUCAAGCUGCUACACGCUUCUAGAAAAGCUCAUAAAUUAAGCUGCACAUGUCGCAGAGUUUUGAGUGUGUUCAAUGAGUGCCACCGAACUGUUUUUGUUUUUCGAAUAUUCAUCGGACGUUUGAUUUUGUAUACACUUUUUUUAUCUUUUGCAUUUUGGACCUACAUAACGAUGAUGGUGUCAAUUUGGGUUAUCGAUUCGUAACGACGAAAACAGAUUUUCUACGACCUAAUUCGGGAUAUUUCUAAUCGCAAGAAGAAAACUCAAGAAGCGGUCCAACAGCCCAAACGUGACAAACAUCACUGCUGCCAACUGCUGUAGAGAUCAUCAAAGUCAAGCUUGAACUUGGCAUGCCUGUUACGAUUAGAUGUGAUGCCGAAUAGAAACUCACAGGCACAUUACUUUGACGAGGGUGUUCUAUGUGUUUAAUAUAAAUCCAAGCACUGAUCAGCAUUUUUCUUUCUAUGUCAGUUAAUUUAAAAUAAUUGUUGUUUAAACUUGCAACUAGUUAUUUCAUGUUCGGUUGCUUAUAAUGCUUCAAUUUUAUGUUACACGGAAAUGAUAUUUGGAAUAGUUUACCUACGGUGGUGUCACGUUAUUCUAAUAUAAGCUGGUCCAUUAUCAUCACAAGGCAGAGUAAAGAGAAGAUUGAAACAGAAUACAUCAAGAGAGUUGUGGUUUUACCAAGCAGACCAAAAUCAACAAGUCUGAAGCUGACUCAGAACAGUUUCAAAUAAACUUCAUGAACAUUUAAAAA